CAUUGCCAGUCGCAGCCGAUCAACAACGCCACCGUACGCCGAUCCCGUCGGUUUGCAAUUGAAUCUUCUCUCCAUCGGGUUACCGAUGGCGUGCGUUUCGUAGCUUUCUGCAGAAAAACAAUAGUUGUAGUGUGAACCAAGUUAGAUAUUUUCUUGUGUGUGUGUGUGCGUGAGUGUGUGCAAACAAUGGCCGAAGUUCCGUCGCCGAGAAUGGAAGAAAGCUUCUGGCGUGGGGUGGUGCUGCGAUGGGUGGAACGUUCCGGCCUGAACCCCGGCCAGGAUUACAUCGAUCUAGCCGCCUGCUACGACAGCUUCCGCAGCAAGCUGAAGGGCGCGUACGAGUUGCAGGAAGCGACCGUCGCGGAGUUUAUGCGUGCCAAGUUUCCGCGCUUCGAGUUGCGGUUGGGCCCGGGCGGCGAGAUUCCCGAGAGCGAGUACGUGUACGUCUUCUCGCUGAUGCUUUACUUCUCCUGCAUCAAGCACCCGGUGCCGUACUUUCAAAACAUUGGCAAAGAGUUUGACGAACCGUUCCAGUACAGCAUGAAAGCGUUUCUCCACUCGUUCGUGUCGGAGGGCAGCAAGGAAAUGCGCAUCGAUCGCCCGUUUCUGGAGCGAGCGUUCGGGAACGCAGCACGAUCGGCGGACGCCGGGUCCAGCGCUACCCUCUGCCAAAGCGCGGUACAAAUGAUCACCAGCACGCCGAACGGCAAGCGCGAGAUGAAGAAACCGUCCCCGGUGACGCCCAAAAGUGUGGCGCUCGAGUGGAAGGUGAAGAAUCUGUCCGAGCUGCUCGUAACGGCCCGCGCCGAAAACACCAGCCAGGAGAGGCAGAUCGAGCAGCUGCUCCAGAGCGUGCAGGAGCUGCAGGAGGAGAAGCGGCGCAAUCUGGCGAAAAUCAGCGCACUCGAGCUGAAGGAAGCGUGCGUUUGCAUGAGCGACUCGGUGGACUAUCUGGCGCAUCCGCUGGGCCGGGCGACCGAGCAGCUGCAGAAGCAGCUCGAAUCGAAGAACCGCACCAUCGAGGCGCUGGAGGAGGAGCUAAGCAGGGCGAAGGAGACGGCCAGCACGGAGAUGGAGCGGUACCGGGCGAUGAAGAAACAGUACGACACGCUCGAGGAGGACAAUCAGCUGAUGAAGCUGACGGCCGAGGCGCUGAGGGAGGAGCUGGCCGCGAAGGACGGCGCCAAUCAAAAUCUAGCGGAAGCGGUGAACGAUUUGCGGCGCUUCAUCAGGGAAAACCACUUGACCAACGGGCAGCCGAUGGAGCCGCUGGAAAGUUCGUUCGAGUUUUUAGACAGAUCGUUUAAAAACGUGACCCCGGGCGACGAUAGCCUGUGCAACGAUUCGGAAACGCUGGCGGCGACGGUUGUGGACGUGAAGCUAAAGGAGAAAGAGCACGAAAAUGAGUGCUUGAACAGAAAGGUACAAGAGCUGGAACAGCGAUGGGAGGAGCAGUGUAAGGCACACGCGCAGCAACUUGCGCGGAUGCAAACGGAAGCACAGCAGCUGGCCCAAACACUUGAAGCAUGCGAGCGGGCCAAAGCGCAGCUCGAGGAUCAUCUGGAAAGGGAAAAGGCCACGACAAACGAACUGAACGCUUGGAAAGUACAGCUGAAUCAGCAGUUAGCAGAUGCAAAGGUUUUAAUGGAUAAGAAGGUGGCCGAGCAGCAACAGUCAUUAGGACGCGCGUUGGAACAAGCUAAAGCGGAACUCGUAGACCAGCUGCUAAAGUACCAGACCAUUAUGGCGGAGCUAGAAAACGAGAAGAAACAGUUGGUAAAACAGCGUGAAGAGAUAAAGGCUUCGAUGAGCGCGGAGAACGCUGAACUUCGCCGAUCAUUAGAAGCGAUCGAGCAGAACAAAACACAACUUGCAGCUAGUUUGAAAAUGGAACGGGCUUUGGUAGAGGAUCUGACUCGUCGUAAUCAGGAGCUGGAGGCCCAGAAGACCCAGCUGAAAGAAGAGUUUGAAACUUCGAAGGCCUCAACGGAUGCGAAGAUUGCGGCGCUACUGCAAUCGUUGGACGCAAACGAACAAACCAAAGCUCAACUUGCCGACAAUCUGGAAAAGCUAAUGGAAAAGACGCAGAGCCUUACUAGUAGGAAUACGGAGCUAGAUGUCGUCAAGCAACAGCUGACAGAAGAGCUUGAGGUGGUCAAGAAAUCGAUGCAUGAGAGCAAUGCAGGGUUUCAACGAUCGCUGGAAGCGUUGGAACAUACCAAAACAAAACUUGCUGACAAUCUGGAAAAGGAAAUCGCUAAGACUGCUGAUCUGAACCGUCGGACGGAGACGCUUGAAGUUGAGAAGAAACAGCUGACGGAAGAGCUUGAAGUUGCUAAAACAUCGAUGAGUGAGAACAUCGCCCAACUCCAAAGAUCUUUGGAAGCGAUCGAACAAACGAAAAAGCAACUCGCAGACAAUUUGGAACAGGAAAUGGCCAAGACUGCUGAUCUGAACCUUCGGACGGAAGAGCUUGAAGUUGAGAAGAAGCAGCUGAUGGAGGAGCUUGAAGUUGCAAAAACAUCGAAGAGUGAGAACAUCGCUGAACUCCAACGAUCUUUGGAAGCGAUCGAACAAACGAAAAAGCAACUCGCAGAUAAUCUGGAACAGGAAAUGGCUAAUACAGCUGAUCUGAACCGUCGUACGGAGGAACUUAAAGCUGAAAAGAAACAGCUGAUGCAGGAGCUUGAAGUUGCAAAAACAUCGAAGAGUGAGAACAUCGCUGAACUCCAACGAUCUUUGGAAGCGAUCGAACAAACGAAAAAGCAACUCGCAGACAAUUUGGAACAGGAAAUGGCCAAGACUGCUGAUCUGAACCUUCGGACGGAAGAGCUUGAAGUUGAGAAGAAGCAGCUGAUGCAGGAGCUUGAAGUUGCAAAAACAUCGAAGAGUGAGAACAUCGCUGAACUCCAACGAUCUUUGGAAGCGAUCGAACAAACGAAAAAGCAACUCGCAGACAAUUUGGAACAGGAAAUGGCCAAGACUGCUGAUCUGAACCUUCGGACGGAAGAGCUUGAAGUUGAGAAGAAGCAGCUGAUGGAGGAGCUUGAAGUUGCAAAAACAUCGAUGAGUGAGAACAUCGCUGAACUCCAACGAUCUUUGGAAGCGAUCGAACAAACGAAAAAGCAACUCGCAGAUAAUCUGGAACAGGAAAUGGCUAAGACAGCUGAUCUGAACCGUCGUACGGAGGAACUUAAAGCUGAAAAGAAACAGCUGAUGCAGGAGCUUGAAGUUGCAAAAACAUCGAAGAGUGAGAACAUCGCUGAACUCCAACGAUCUUUGGAAGCGAUCGAACAAACGAAAAAGCAACUCGUAGACAAUCUGGAACAGGAAAUGGCUAAGACAGUUGAUCUGAACCGUCGUACGGAGGAACUUAAAGCUGAAAAGAAAACAGCUGAUGCAGGAGCUUGAAGUUGCAAAACAUCGAAGAGUGAGAACAUCGUUGAACUCCAACGAUCUUUGGAAGCGAUCGAACAAACGAAAAAGCAACUCGCAGACAAUCUGGAACAGGAAAUGGCUAAGACAGCUGAUCUGAACCGUCGUACGGAGGAGCUUGAAGUUGAGAAGAAGCAGCUGAUGCAGGAGCUUGAGGUUGCAAAAACAUCGAUGAGUGAGAACAACGCGGAACUCCAAAGAUCUUUGGAAGCGAUCGAACAAACGAAAAAGCAACUCGCAGAUAAUCUGGAACAGGAAAUGGCUAAGACAGCUGAUCUGAAUCGUCGGACGGAGGAGCUUGAAACUGAAAAGAAGCAGCUGAUGCAGGAGCUUGAAGUUGCAAAAACAUCGAAGAGUGAGAACAUCGCUGAACUCCAACGAUCUUUGGAAGCGAUCGAACAAACGAAAAAGCAACUCGCAGACAAUCUGGAACAGGAAAUGACUAAGACAGCUGAUCUGAACCGUCGUACGGAGGAGCUUGAAGUUGAGAAGAAGCAGCUGAUGCAUGAGCUUGAGGUUGCAAAAACAUCGAUGAGUAAGAACAACGCGGAACUCCAAAGAUCUUUGGAAGCGAUCGAACAAACGAAAAAGCAACUCGCAGACAAUCUGGAACAGGAAAUGGCUAAGACUGCUAAUCUGAACCGUCGUACGGAGGAGCUUGAAACUGAAAAGAAGCAGCUGAUGCAGGAGCUUGAAGUUGCAAAAACAUCGAAGAGUGAGAACAUCGCUGAACUCCAACGAUCUUUGGAAGCGAACGAACAAACGAAAAAGCAACUCGCAGACAAUCUGGAACAGGAAAUGGCUAAGACUGCUAAUCUGAAUCGUCGGACGGAGGAGCUUGAAACUGAAAAGAAGCAGCUGAUGCAGGAGCUUGAAGUUGCAAAAACAUCGAAGAGUGAGAACAUCGCUGAACUCCAACGAUCUUUGGAAGCGAUCGAACAAACGAAAAAGCAACUCGCAGACAAUCUGGAACAGGAAAUGGCUAAGACUGCUAAUCUGAACCGUCGUACGGAGGAGCUUGAAACUGAAAAGAAGCAGCUGAUGCAGGAGCUUGAAGUUGCAAAAACAUCGAAGAGUGAGAACAUCGCUGAACUCCAACGAUCUUUGGAAGCGAUCGAACAAACGAAAAAGCAACUCGCAGACAAUCUGGAACAGGAAAUGACUAAGACAGCUGAUCUGAACCGUCGUACGGAGGAGCUUGAAGUUGAGAAGAAGCAGCUGAUGCAUGAGCUUGAGGUUGCAAAAACAUCGAUGAGUAAGAACAACGCGGAACUCCAAAGAUCUUUGGAAGCGAUCGAACAAACGAAAAAGCAACUCGCAGACAAUCUGGAACAGGAAAUGGCUAAGACUGCUAAUCUGAAUCGUCGGACGGAGGAGCUUGAAACUGAAAAGAAGCAGCUGAUGCAGGAGCUUGAAGUUGCAAAAACAUCGAAGAGUGAGAACAUCGCUGAACUCCAACGAUCUUUGGAAGCGAACGAACAAACGAAAAAGCAACUCGCAGACAAUCUGGAACAGGAAAUGGCUAAGACUGCUAAUCUGAAUCGUCGGACGGAGGAGCUUGAAACUGAAAAGAAGCAGCUGAUGCAGGAGCUUGAAGUUGCAAAAACAUCGAAGAGUGAGAACAUCGCUGAACUCCAACGAUCUUUGGAAGCGAUCGAACAAACGAAAAAGCAACUCGCAGACAAUCUGGAACAGGAAAUGGCUAAGACUGCUAAUCUGAACCGUCGUACGGAGGAGCUUGAAACUGAAAAGAAGCAGCUGAUGCAGGAGCUUGAAGUUGCAAAAACAUCGAAGAGUGAGAACAUCGCUGAACUCCAACGAUCUUUGGAAGCGAUCGAACAAACGAAAAAGCAACUCGCAGACAAUCUGGAACAGGAAAUGACUAAGACAGCUGAUCUGAACCGUCGUACGGAGGAGCUUGAAGUUGAGAAGAAGCAGCUGAUGCAUGAGCUUGAGGUUGCAAAAACAUCGAUGAGUAAGAACAACGCGGAACUCCAAAGAUCUUUGGAAGCGAUCGAACAAACGAAAAAGCAACUCGCAGACAAUCUGGAACAGGAAAUGGCUAAGACUGCUAAUCUGAAUCGUCGGACGGAGGAGCUUGAAACUGAAAAGAAGCAGCUGAUGCAGGAGCUUGAAGUUGCAAAAACAUCGAAGAGUGAGAACAUCGCUGAACUCCAACGAUCUUUGGAAGCGAUCGAACAAACGAAAAAGCAACUCGCAGACAAUCUGGAACAGGAAAUGGCUAAGACAGCUGGUCUGAACCGUCGUACGGAGGAGCUUGAAGUAGAGAAGAAACAGCUGAUUCAGGAGCUUGAUGAUAUAAAGGCUACGAAUACAUCGCUGCGUCAAUCGGUAGAAGUGCUCGAGCUAACCAAAACGCAAAUCACGAACAGCUUAGAACAGGAAUUGGUUAAAAUCGGAGAACUGCAGCAUCAACUCAAGGCAAUGGACGAGGCGAAGACUCUGGCGGAAAAGCUUGGCGACAGUGAGCGGUCGGAAAUGCUUGCGAAAAUAUCGCUACUGCAGCAGAACCUGGAGGAAGAGAGAGAAAAAUCGGAGGAAAUCAAUUGCCAAUACUUAGCAAUGAAACGCCAGGCCGACGAUCUAGAUUCGCAAUGCACAAAGCUGAUGAAAUCGUUGUCGGAAAAUCGAACGGAAGUGUCCGAUCUGCAACAGCAGCUUGCGGGCAAGACAGCGGAACUUGAGCAGCUGAAGCUGCAGUACGAAACGAAACAGUCCCAGUUGGUUCAAAAGGCAAAGGAAGAGGAUCUCGACCGUCUGACGCUUGAAAAUGAAAAGAUCAGCCUACAGCAAGAGGUCGCUCGCUUGCAAGCGACGAUGGACGAGAAGACGGACACGCUGCGCCGAUCGCUCGAGAGCGUCCAGGAAGCGAAAUCGCAGCUCGCCCACGACCUCGAAAAGGAGAGACAAAGAGCGGUAGGCCUACAACAUCAGCAACAGCGGCUGGAACAGUCGCAUCAGGAUAUCUGCAGCAAGCAAGCGGAAACGGCUGACAAGCUAGCCGUGCUGCAGCAACAGCUCGACGAGGAACGGCAAAAGUGCGAAGAGCUCAGCCGGCAGUACCUGGCAGCGAAACGGCAGGCGGAAGAGCUGACCGCAAAGUGCACCGAGCAGGCGCAGAAGUUGUCCGACGAUGGUGGCCAGCUGCCCAGCCUGCAGCAGGAGAUUGUCGCGAAGGAGGCGCAGCUGGACACGCUGAAGGCACAGUACGACAAGGUACUGGCCGAGAACGAGCAGUACGUCACGGAUUGUGAAAUAUUGUCGGUGAAGCUGUACAGUGCGCGGAAGACGCACGCCGAGAAGGAAGCGGAAUGGGCCCAGGAGCGUGCCGCCCUAAAGAAGGAGCUGCACGAGAAGCUGCACGAGUCGCGGAUCGAGCACCAGAACACCAUGGAGAAGAUGAAGAAUCAUAUGGUAAAGCUACACGAAGAAUCGAAAACCAAGCUAGAACACGACAAACAAGGACUGGCAGCAACGGCGGAAGGCUACCGCAGAAAGAUUGAAAACUUGGAAGCGCGCUGCACCAUGCUGCAGAAGCAGCUGGCCGAAAUGAACGAACGCAAUCUGGAAACGCGCAAGGAGAACCAGCUGUUGCAGCUCAGGCUGAAAACGAUCGAGGAGCACCACGGCAGCGAUCGAAAGUCGCUAAUGCUGCCCUCCCAGUCCAGCCUUCGCUCCAAUCUGCAGAUGGAGGAUGAAGUGGGCGAACUGUUCGAUAACAUGUAUCUGACCGAGCUGAAGAAUGGGCGCUGUACGCCGCCCGAUGCGAUGCACGCCGACUUCGACCGCUACUCCGAGCUGUCCCGACGCAACUCGAGGCAGCCGCCGCACCUCCGCACCAACUACAUGGCCCUCGCACCGGACUGUAUACCGCCGCAGGAUGACACGGGGGAUAACAUUUCGACCACGUUCGACGACAGCUCCACCGGACUGAUAUCGCGCCGAAAGGUUAGCGGCAUCACCUCGUACAAGCGGCCCGGCCCGCCGACGCCGAGCAAGCGGGCCGGCCGGCUCUCGCUCAACGGUCCGCUCAUGCCGGGCCCGGCCGAGGUGCAGUACCGGGAUGCGUUGCGGGACACGAACGCGAAUGGUGCAGCCGCGCAGGACGCAUCGGCGGCCCGGACCGGGCGGACGAAAACGCCCGGCAAGUUCAAGCAGAUGAUGAGUGCGUCCAGCCUGCUGAGCAACUUCCAGCCGCGCGAUGAGAACACCUCACCGAGGCGACGGCUCAGCUGGUUUAACAAAGGCAAAAAGUAUUGAGCAGUGUGAACCAAGAAACCCCCCCAUUUCACAACGGGUGCAAUUUCAACAAAUUUCCGUCGUUGUUUCGGUCCUGCUGUGUUAGGAGAGUUGAUACA